AAAAUAGCAACCGGGAUGACUCGAACGCCUCCAAACGCCCAUUCUUCUGAAAAGCAAAGAGCAGCAUCGCAUCAGCCGCCGGGUGGGCGGUGCUUGGCUUCCAGGGCAACCGGAGAGAAGCGAGGCGCAUGCGCACACCAUCCACUUUCUGCCAACCGCCAGCGGCAGCUGCGGCCGGUGCCGUUCGCCAUGUUGAUGCUGGGCAGGGGGCUGGACGCCAGGGAUAACCAGACCAAGCAAAUACGGGAAGCUGUUUCAAACGUGGAAAAACAUUUUGGUGAAUUAUGCCAAAUAUUUGCAGCAUAUGUACGAAAAACUGCCAGGCUACGAGACAAAGCAGACCUUUUAGUAAAUGAGAUACAUGCUUAUGCAGCUACAGAAACCCCAAAUUUAAAGUUUGGAUUGAAAAAUUUUGCAGAUGAGUUUUCCAAGCUUCAGGAUUAUCGCCAAGCAGAGGUGGAAAGACUUGAAGCUAAAGUUGUUGAACCUCUGAAAUGUUAUGGGACCAUCAUAAAACUUAAAAGAGAGGAUCUCAAAGCAACUUUAACAGCGAAGAACAGAGAAGCAAAACAAUUAUCUCAACUGGAGAGAACCCGUCAACGAAAUCCAUCUGAUCGGCAUAUUAUUUCGCAGGCUGAAAGUGAAUUACAGAGAGCCUCUCUGGAUGCAACUAGAACAAGUCGGCAGUUGGAGGAAACAAUUGAUAAUUUUGAAAAACAAAAAAUAAAAGAUAUUAAGAACAUACUUUCAGAAUUCAUUACAAUUGAAAUGUUAUUUCAUGGAAAAGCCUUAGAAAUUUAUACUGCUGCAUUUCAAAAUAUACAAAAUAUUGAUGAGAAUGAAGAUUUAGAGGUAUUUCGGAGUUCACUUUAUCCACCAGAACAUCAAACCCGUUUGGAUAUUGUUCGUGCAAAUUCUAAAUCUCCCCUUCAGAGAACUGGUUCUUCCAGAACGUGUACUGGAAUAGUUCAGAUUGCUAGGAAUCGUCUUAAGGAAGAGGAGGCAGAUGAAGAGGAAGAGGAAGAAGAUGAAGAAUCUGAAACCACUAAGGAGGAAAGAUAGCUUUUGCCACAACAAAACAUUCCUCAAAUUAAAAAUACUAAUUGUAUUUACAUUUCAUGUUAAGACAUCAUAAGGACAGCCAUUAAAAUUACUGCAAAAAUGCAUUAUUUUGACCACCUUAUGAUCUCUUAAUAGUAUAUGUACAAAAAGUUGCUAAAAUUGAGAUAUUUUUUAAAAAUCACAAAGGAUUCACAAAGUUUCCUGGUUGCUUUUCAAAACAGAUAUUUCCAUUGAUUAUCUACUAACACAGGGAAUGAAGUAUAUGUUCAUAUUUAUUUAACAAUGUAAGCAGUCAUCCCCUUGUAACCAAAUAAAAUGACCUUCAUAAAUUC